GAACGGGACUUUUAUGGAAACUUGCUACGGGGGAGACGUAAUUUUACCCAAACGACAUUGAGACUAAUCGGUGGUGGUUGAAAACGGCUUAACAGCUCUCUCAGUCUAACCAACUCUCUGGAUUACCGCAGGUCGCCAGAAUUGAGAGAAACGGAACUCCUUUGGCAUAAGGUCUGAGGUGAAGGUGCGUCCAAUUUAACUGCAACGAGCCUGUCAAGAGCACAAAGCAGCCAUGACUGAUGUGUCCAAGAAAACCGAGAGACUUCUAUCUGCAUCUAAAACUGUUCAUAAGUCAUAUGUGCCUAAGGUGGGCAAGGGUGAUGUUAAGACUAAGUUCGAAGCCAUGCAGAAAGCACGGGAGGAAAGAAGCCAGAGGAGAACCGGAGAAGAAAGGAGGAGAAGGAACGAACAGUAUAAGAAGGAGAAGGAAUGGACAAAGAUAAAACAGGAGUAUCGGCAGCUCCUCGCUUCAGACGAUGAAGAAGAAAAUAAAUUGGACGAACUGAAGAAAGCGUACGUCCCCAAGCUGACAGGGACGGUUAAGGGCAAGUUUGCGGAAAUGGAAAAGAUAAGGCAAGAGGAGGAGAAGAAGAGAAUGGAAGAAGAGCGGAAGAGAAGAAUUCAGCAGGACAUCCUGGAGAAAAGGAAGCUACAACGUGAACUUGCAAAGAAGGGUGCAGAGGAAGAUGAAGCUUUUUCCUCAACCAUAAAUAUUUCUGAAGGUGUUAACACAACACCAGGCAAAACCACAAUGAACUUUGAGGAUCUGGAGAAGACGGGGGAAGAUGAUGACCACCAAAACACUGAAGAAGACAUGCGAAGAUAUGAAGAAAACGGACGUUCCUUUCGGCAAGCAAAGCGCCACUCAGCAGCGCUGUCAGAAAAAGACGAUGACAAGGAGAGCAAGGCUGAGAUUAAGAGCACAAUACGCCCCGGGAAAUUAAAACUCAGCUUUGAAGAACUAGAGAGGCAGAGACAAGACCAGGAAAAGAGAAGAGCAGAGGAGGAGUCGCGACGGCGCAUUGAGGAGGAGAAGGCAGCCUUCGCCGAAGCCAGGAAGUCUCUAGCCGAAGAUGAAGAUGAUCAGCCCGAUCCCAGUGUGGCUCUGAAGGACCCUGCCCGGCCGGGGAAGCUGAAGCUAAGUUUUGAGGAGCUGGAGCGCCAGCGGCGCAAGGAGGAGCAGCGCAGGGCGGAGGAGGAGGCUCGCAGGCGCUUGGAGGAAGAGCGGAAACAGUUUGCCGAAGCUCGCAGAAGCAUGAGUCCAGACCAGGAUAGCACUCUGAAGGAGCUUUCAAGUUCAGACAAGGAGGAUUAUGGACCUAACGAAUUACUCGAUGAUGAACCAACCAACUCUGCGAAAGCAGCCUCUGGUUCUGAUGAUGUGCAUUGUCCGCGCAAACUGGAAAUCAACUUUGAGGAGCUUUUGAAGCAGAGGAUGGAGGAGGAGAAACGGCGAUCUGAAGAGGAGCGACGGCAGAAGCUAGAACAGGAGAAACAGGAAUUUGAGCAGCUGCGGCAGGAGAUGGGAGAGGAUGAAAUCAAUGAAACAACUGAGAUUAUCAGUACAGAGUAUGAAGAGCUGAAAAAUCUGAAAAGAACGGGCUCUAUUCAGGCCAAGAAUUUGAAGUCCAAAUUUGAAAAGAUUGGCAAGUUGUCAGAAGAAGAAAUACAGAAGAAAGUGGAAGAUGAGAGGGCCAGAAGGAGAGCAGAAGAUCUAGAAAUAAAGGAAAGGGAGUCGGAGCGAUUCAGAGAGGAUGAAACAGAGGAAGUAAAGGAGCCCAAGCGAAACAAUCCUCCAUUUACUCACAAGGUGGACAUGCGAGCACGCUUUGAGCAAAUGGCUAAAGCCAGAGAGGACGAGGAAAGGAGAAGAAUCGAAGAACAGAAACGUCAACGGAUGCAAUUUGAGCAGAAGGAAAUAGAUGCAGCCUUGCAAAAGAAAGGAGAUGAAGAGGAGGAGGAAGAGGAAGGAAGUAUCGUCAAUGGAUCAACCUGUGAAGAUGAUGUGGAUGAACUCAUUCGAUCUGGAGCUCCGUGGUUCAAGAAACCUCUCAAGAACACAUCGGUUGUGGACGGUGAGCCAGUAAGGUUCACUGUGAAAAUAUUGGGCGAACCCGCACCGGAGAUCACGUGGUGGUUCGAGGGAGAAAUGCUACAGGACUGCGAGGAUUAUCAAUACAUUGAGAGGGGAGAAACGUAUUGCCUUUACCUGCCCGAGACCUUUCCUGAAGAUGAAGGAGAAUACAUGUGUAAGGCUGUCAACACCAGAGGAACAGCUGCAAGCACCUGUAUUCUCACCAUUGAAACUGAUGACUUCUAAAUCUCCUGGGAUUUCCUUCCUGUCCUCAACCUUUACUACAUCCAUCUUUUCCUACUGAAUGGGGCCAAAAAUAAGUCAAAUCCUAUUGCCCUUGGAAAAAUUACUGUUGUGUUGAUCGUCAUUCCUUUAACGGUUACGUAUAGACUACGGAAAAUGCAUGAUGUUUACCUUCUGGUUUUAUUUGGUCAAUUUUAAUCUUUUAAAAAUUUCUUGUGAUAUUCUUAUUUACCAGAUGCAUUAUAUCUGUAAUGUUGUUAAGUGGCACCCACUUAUCAGUCUUGAGUCUAUAAACUUUUUAAAGAACUGUAAUCCAUUGUUAUCCUAUUUACCAAAACUCUUAGUUGGGCCAACUGAUUUACGAACCCAGCCGGAACUAUCCAUUGUGAAAGCCAACUUACAAAUGGCAUGAAAUAAUAUUUUUAGUUAAAUACAGCAUUGAAAGAACUCACUGGUAUAUUCAAUUGUGGACAUUGGUUUCUCCAUAUACAGAAAAAAGGAUUUUUUGUAAAAUUACUGUUUAAAAAAAAAAUUACCACAAAGCCUUAUGGACAGAUGUUCCCUCUUGCAAUAAAGGGACAGGGGAGGCGAUACCUACCGAAUGUCAGACAAUUUGUGACUCUCAAAUAUCCUUCAUGCAGAUGUACUCUUUUGUAAACGGUUUAACUUCUGCUCAAAUGUAUGGAAUUUUCUGAUACUAUUUAAAAAAUUAACUUUCAAACAAAAUGCUGUGUUUAUUUU